CUCAUUAGUUAGGUAGAUGUCAUGCGGGAACCUCGUUUCACUGGGAGGAAUCGUCAUGGAAACGAGUUGGCCCCUUUCCCUCUUCCUUAUCUAUUGUACUAUUAGUCGCCGUCCUCUCUCCUUUCUUCUUCCUUUCUUCUGCCCCUUUCUCUCUCGCCGAUCACCAUUAGGAUCAUCGAUCCCAACGAAGCGCUGGAUCGCCGCCGUUACUUCAGCUCAGUCUUCCGCCUGCCUCCGUUCGACGGCAGGUAACGGGAUUCGCUAUCAAAGGGGCGCCUCGGAGAGGAUUCAACGAGGGGGAAACAGUGAGAAGAGGAAUAGGAGCCGAGGGACGUGAAAAGAUGUCGCCGUUGGUUUUUCCUACCGUUAACUUGAAGGAUCGCGUGAGUAGCUUGCCGGUUUACUUCCACGGCGAGGAGGCGGACCCGGUGGUAGCGAUGAGGAAGCAGGAUGAGUUCGGAUUAGAUGGGGAGGCGGCGGCGGGGGAGGGGGAGGUGGAGGAUGAAGAAGCGAGCUCCUCCAUCGGCUCCGCUUCAUCUUCCUCAUCGGGUUCAGCGCACGGCGAGGAGGAGGAGGUGGAGAGCAAGCGAAAAGCUGGGACUUUGGGAUCCUUGGAUUCGCUGGAAGAUGCGCUUCCCGUUAAGCGAGGUUUAUCCAAUUUCUUCACAGGGAAGUCCAAGUCCUUCGCCAGCCUCGUCGACGUCGCUGGCGUCUGCGCUAACGACGUCGCCAAGCCGGAGAACCCCUUAAACAAGCGCCGUCGUGUGCUGAUGAUGAGCAAGAUGCGGCGGGCGUCGUACACCUCGUUCCUCUGCCCGGCAUUGCCGCCGCUCCUGUCGCUCGCCCACGCCGUGGAGGAGGCCGACGAGGAGGGGGAGGAAGAGGAAGAGGAGGAGCAUAAAGGCGGCGUCUUGGGGUCAUUUCCUCCCCUUGCCGGCGGCGGGCUCGUCGGAAAGCGGCCAUUUCGAUCACCGAGGUCCUUCUCCCUCUCCGAUCUGCAACGCCAUGCUUAGUGUCUUCGUUGAUCCGAAGAUUGAUCAAAAGAAACAAAAGGAAACAAAAUAUGUUCAAGUACAUGUUUAUAUGAAAUAAAAGUACUUCAAAUUCUCGUGCA